CAAAUUCCGGAAGAAAUUACCAACGGGUGGACCAUUUCAGUGCUCCGAGAAGUAUCACCAGUAACCAAUAAGCAAAAAGCUCUAGCUCACGUGGUGUAUAUUCAGCCUAUCAAGCUCCUGAUAUUCAUGAGUGCUGUCAUUUCCGCUCCUGCUUCGUUCUUUCUCGACAAGAUGGCCACACCGGUGGUACCAGCAAGUGCUCCUCCGGCCACACCAGCCCCAGUCCCGGCGGCGGCUCCAGCCUCGGCCCCAGCCUCGGUUCCAGCGCCAACGCCAGCACCGGCUGCGGCUCCGGUUCCCGCUGCGGCUCCAGCCUCAUCUUCAGACCCUGCGACAGCAGCGGCUACAACUGCGGCUCCUGGUCAGACCCCGGCCUCAGCGCAAGCUCCAGCGCAGACCCCAGCGCCCGCUCUGCCUGGUCCUGCUCUUCCAGGGCCCUUCCCCGGCGGCCGCGUGGUCAGGCUGCACCCAGUCAUUUUGGCCUCCAUUGUGGACAGCUACGAGAGACGCAACGAGGGUGCUGCCCGAGUUAUCGGGACCCUGUUGGGAACUGUCGACAAACACUCAGUGGAGGUCACCAAUUGCUUUUCAGUGCCGCACAAUGAGUCAGAAGAUGAAGUGGCUGUUGACAUGGAAUUUGCUAAGAAUAUGUAUGAACUGCAUAAAAAAGUUUCUCCAAAUGAGCUUAUCCUGGGCUGGUACGCUACAGGCCAUGACAUCACAGAGCACUCUGUGCUGAUCCAUGAGUACUACAGCCGAGAGGCCCCCAACCCCAUCCACCUCACUGUGGACACAAGUCUCCAGAACGGCCGCAUGAGCAUCAAAGCCUAUGUCAGCACUUUAAUGGGCGUCCCUGGGAGGACCAUGGGAGUGAUGUUCACACCUCUGACAGUGAAAUACGCGUACUAUGACACUGAACGCAUCGGAGUUGACCUGAUCAUGAAGACCUGCUUUAGCCCCAACAGAGUGAUUGGACUCUCAAGUGACUUGCAGCAAGUAGGAGGGGCAUCAGCUCGCAUCCAGGAUGCCCUGAGCACAGUGUUGCAAUAUGCAGAGGAUGUACUGUCUGGAAAGGUGUCAGCUGACAAUACUGUGGGCCGCUUCCUGAUGAGCUUGGUUAACCAAGUACCAAAAAUAGUUCCCGAUGACUUCGAGACCAUGCUCAACAGCAACAUCAAUGACCUGUUGAUGGUGACCUACCUGGCCAACCUCACACAGUCACAGAUCGCCCUCAAUGAAAAACUCGUAAACCUGUGAAUGGACCCCAGGCAGUACACUUGCUGGUCUAAGUCUUAACCCCAGGACUCAGAAGUGAAGGAGAAAUGGGUUUUUUGUGGUCUUGAGUCACACUGAGAUAGUCAGUUAUGUGUGACUCUAAUAAAUGGAGCCUACCUUUUGUAAAUUAA